AUGUUUCACGAGACCAUUCGUUCCCUCGUUCAAGCGGGAGUCCUUCUCGCGGCUGGUGCAUUUGCAAACAAUCUUGGAUCCCUUGAGAAAAUCGAUGCACAGCUGGGGCUCAAAUUUGCGGCGUACGUCACAUUGCCAGCUUUGGCGCUCCAACUCCUGUCAGUCCCGGGUGUGGCCGGUAUUCAGGCGCUGACGAUUGUGUCAGUAUCAGCGGCCUUCAGCGCAUUCCUGGCCCUUCUUGGAUGGCUCGUUCAUGGCAAAAGAAGAGGCCCAGAGAGAGCGCUACUCACAGGCUCAGCAGUCGGAGUGGCGCUGGGCACAUUUGGGCUGCCAUUUGUAGAGGCUGCGUUUGGCACAGCCGGCGUCCGCAUUGCCCUGCUCUGGGACCUUGCUAAUGUCGUGGCAGUUUGCGGGCUGGCAUACCUGGUGUUUGCGUCGGGAGGAUCGCCACCGCCGGCGCUGUACGAGCAUGCGGACGGGGGAACCUACAGGGGGCAGUGGCGGGGAAAUAAGAAGCAGGGUUUGGGGGUCUAUGUGUACCCCGGGGGUGGGCGCUACGAGGGCAUGUGGCGCGACAACGUGAAGCAUGGCUAUGGGGUGUACGCCUUCCCAAAGGGUGGGUUGUAUGAGGGCGAGUGGGUGGCUGGGGAGCGGGAGGGCAUGGGUGCACGCCUCAUGCGCAAUGGAAGCAUUAAGGCGGGUCGGUGGGGCACGGCAAAGCUGGAGAAGCAAAUGGAUCCAUUGGACUGCGCCUAUGCAGUCAAUGCAGCGCAGAGGGCGGCACAGGCGGCACGAAGGGUGAAGGUGGGCGGCGGCAAAGUGGAGGAUGUGUUGAUGAAUUUGGCGAUGCAGCCGUUUGUAUGGGCUAGCGCCGCCGCUCUGUGGCUCAGCUACUCUGGCUCUCCCCUGCCCGCCCUGGUGGAUGCUGUGAGUGGGACAUUGGCCAGCGCACACCUGCCGCUAGUGCUGCUCUGCUCUGGGGCCCUACUCGCUGCACCGCACCCCAAAGUCCUGCAGGUGAAAGACACUGCUGCUGUCCUCCUUACGCGGUAUGUGUCGCCGCUGCUGCUUGCCGCUGCGGCCGCUCUUGUUUCCCCCUCCCACUCUUUGUUGGCCGCGGUCGCUGCCAUCUGCGCCCUUUCACCCGCUCCAUAUGCGUUGGUGGACUACGCGCGUGAGGCGCGCCUGAAUGACAGCUUUGCAGCUGCGUUGGCACCGCUGUCAUCGAUGACAUCAGCGAUACUCAUGGCUCUUUUGGCCCUACUCGUCUCCUCACAGGUCCCCCCACCGCUGACCACCGCUGAGGCCGCCCUGCCACCGCUGGUUCCCCCGGUGCCCUUUGCCGCUGCCGCUGCGGCCCUGGCUGCUGCGGUGUCUGUCGCGGCGUUCCUGUAUGUGCGGCUUGCUGGACGGACCAGGCGUGGCAGUGGAAACAAUCCACCAAGGGGCGCCGUGCGGAUGACCCUGCAGGCAACGCCCUCGCAGCCCAUGCCACCUGUCACCAUCCUGGAACCCCCUUCGCAGGAGGUCACACCAGCGCAGGAAGCAGCAUCAGAUGCUGAUGUAAGCGAGGGGGAACCUGCUGAGAGCUUUGUUGGGCAGCUGGGGGUGGAUGAUUCAGCGGCUGAUGUCAGCGCAGAGCCUGAUGAGGCAGCACAGCAGGAGAGGCCGGGCGCCCAGAGAGCGGAGGCAGCUUCCAGCGCAGAGGAAGCUACUAGUUCAAAUGAGAACUCAGGCGGUGCAGAUCAGAGCAGAGGCCGCGGCCGCCGGCCGGGCCGGGGAAUGUUCAGGGAUGUAGACGAAGAUAAUCCAGGAGGUCUUGCUGCAUCUGCGGUCGUCAGGAGAGGGUUUGAUGUGGGGGGCUGUGAAGCGAGCAGCUCGCUCAUCCUGGAGGCGCUGAUUCCCCAGGUGCUGCCUGAGAGGUUGGAGCGGAUACAACAGGUUGCCUCUGACAGAUGCCACUCCAUCCUCCCAGUUGUAGAAGCCUUGGGAUUUGGAGCUGUACAGUGCAUAGACAGCAGCGUGGAGAGGGUGAAGUCUGCGCGGGGGAAUCGCACCAGCAAGGGCGCGGAGAAAUGGCUGGACGUGCAGCGCACCUGGGGCACUCGCAGGUGUGUGGAGUACCUGCGUGACUGUGGCUACAGGAUAUUAGUCACACAGCCGACGGCUGACUCAGUACCGAUCGGGGCGAUUGACUGGACGCUGCCCACAGCCUUCAUCCUGGGCAACGAGGUCAACGGGGCAUCAGCGGAGGCGAUAGAGCUGGCGGACCAGGCAGUUACAGUCCCCAUGGCGCACAGCUUCACAGAGUCUUUCAAUGUUUCUGUGGCGGCCGCACUCAUUCUCAGCGAGGCGCGGCGACAGCGGCUGGAAAAGCUCGGCAGAUGCGGCGACCUGAGCCCCGAAGAAACCCAGACUCUGACGGCGAUCAUGCUGCUGAAGCACAGAGGAGGGAACGCCCUGUCAUGGCACCCCCACUGGAAGCAGCACGCUCAGAGGAUUGACCAGCAGGCCCUGUCGUAUGCCAUGUGA